CUUCGUCUGCGGGGCCCCAAAUUCUCCAGAGGGGAGUGGAUCCAAAUCGGGAAAGUUGAUUCCCCCCGGGGUAUUGGCGUGGACCCUACUGGAAGGAUCCUAGUAGCUGACUACACGCAGGGCAAAGUCCACAGCUUUGCUCUGGACCGCACCUUCAAGAUACAGAGUACUCACUCCGUCUCCAGCCUGCGCGGCCCCCGCUUCGUCUGCGGGGCCCCCGCCGGCGGCUUCGUUGUGAGCGAGGAGUGCGGUGACGUCAAGCUGUUCAACUGCAAGCGUACGCUGGUGGGCUGCCUCGGCGCCAGAUACAGGCACCAGUUUGGCAACCCGGCGGGGGUCUGUGCCGACGUAGAAGGCAACAUCAUUGUGGCCGACGAACAGCACCGAGCUGUCCACCUGUUCCCCCAGCGCGGGUCUCCUCUCUGCCUGGUGUCUAAGGGGCUGCGGAAGCCUGCAGGAGUGGCUUGUUCCAACUCCGGGCUGCUUUUCGUAGCAGAUGCUGGGGAUAAUUGUGUCAAAAUCUUUAAAUACCGUGUGAGGCCUCCCUACGGCCCCAGUAAUCCUCGGGUGGCCAGUGACGGUCCAAAGCCAGCUCCUAGAUAGACCUACCUUGAAGCCAUUUCAGUGACUUAGAUCACCCCGCCACCACCGCCACGGUGCCGAUUGCCUUACAGUGACAUCUUCUGGCAGAGACAAGAACCAGAACCCUGGAAUUCUACCUGAGCUGCUUGAGUUGAGUCCUCAGCAUUACAGGAGCUUAACAUGUGUCAUGAUUCCCCAGAAUGGUCUCUCCCUCCUGCACAGAAAGGCCAUUCCCUUCCGGAUGCUAAUACGGAUCCCUCUCAUCGACACCCCUCGGUCUCAGACUGGCGGGGGCUUUGCAUGUAGGGCCCCAAGGAAGAUGGUGUGGACUGAGAAUCAAGCCUAGGUCAGAAACAGGGCGGCAUUGCCCGUCGUGCAUAGCUCACAACUAGGCGUCACCAGGAUAGAGUGACACAUUAAAGACAACUGAU